CAGGAAGUGAGCCCAAUCUGAUAGGCAGGAACCAAGGCUUAUCACAGAGGGAGGCGGGGCUUUAAGGGGGACCUGGGUCCUGAUGCUGCUGCUAGGGCUCUUGGAGACAGUGGGGACCAUGGGGCUUGUGGCAUGCAGAGGGGACUGAGCCUCUGCCUGUGAAGAGGCCUCCACUCUGUGACCCCCUCCCCCCCCACCAUGAUGGAGCCCCUGAAAGAGCGGGCUGCGUGGUGCGCAGGGUACCGGGGGGAGGAGGCCCUGGCUGAAAGGAGACCUUUGCUGCAAGAGGACACUGGCCAGGAUGGUGUUGAUAUGGGGAUUGAGCCCACAGGCUGGGAGUCAGACGAACCAGAGUUAGAGGAGAAUGCAGAUGGCACAGAUCCUGUCCGGGUCCUGAUGCUGCCACUUCAGGCCCAUCAUGCCAUGGAGAAGAUGGAAGAAUUUGUCUUGAAGGUUUGGGAGGGCCGUUGGUGUGUCAUGCCUUAUGAUGUGUUGCCUGACUGGCUAAAGGACAAUGACUUCCUCCUGCAUGGGCAUCGGCCGCCCAUGCCUUCAUUUCGGGCCUGUUUCCGCAGCAUCUUUCGCCUCCACACGGAGACUGGCAACAUCUGGACACAUCUGCUUGGAUUCCUUUUCUUCCUGGUCUUGGGCAUUGGAUACAUGAUCAGUCCCAACAUGAAAUAUGUUGCUCCCGUCCAGGAACGUGUUGUCUUUGGCAUGUUCUUCUUGGGAGCCAUUCUUUGCCUCUGUUUCUCCUGGCUCUUCCAUACUGUCUACUGCCACUCUGAAAAGGUGUCCCGCACCUUUUCCAAACUGGAUUACUCUGGAAUCGCCCUCCUCACCAUGGGCAGUUUUGUCCCUUGGCUGUAUUACUCCUUCUACUGCUCGCCGCAACCCCAACUCAUCUACCUCAUCAUCAUUUGUGUGCUGGGCAUCACCGCCAUCAUGGUGUCGCAAUGGGACCACUUUGCCACUCCACAGUACCGGGCAGUCCGGGCAGGGGUGUUUCUAGGCCUAGGGCUGAGCGGACUGGUGCCCACUCUCCAUUUCAUGAUCACCGAAGGCUUCAUCAAGGCCACCACAGUGGGACAGAUUGGGUGGCUGUUCCUUAUGGCUGUCCUCUACAUCCUGGGGGUUGCCCUAUAUGCUGCCCGCAUCCCUGAACGCUUCUUCCCGGGCAAGUGUGACAUAUGGUUCCACUCCCACCAGAUCUUCCACGUGCUGGUGGUAGCAGCAGCCUGCGUCCAUCUACACGGGGUCUCCCAGCUGCAGGCAUUCCGCUCAUCACUGGGUGGCAGCUGCACCGAGAACACUGUACUCUGAUUCCCUGGAGGCCAGACUGACCACCACCUCUGGAUGACAACCAGCCCUAUUGGUGGCCUUGCACACUGUACUCAAACAUGGACCAAGAGGGUGGGGCCUCUCUGAAAGGGCACAGCACCUGUUUGAGGAGGGGCGUGUUUCUCUCCCCUUCCUUUUCUUUCCUUUUUCAAAAAAUCUAUAUUGCGUCCCAGGUAUUUGCAGCGGGGAGCCCUCCUUUCCUCCCAGUCAGGGCAACCCUUCUGUGUACAUUGCCGGGAGGUAUUUUAGAUUACAUGGGGAACCAAAGGAAUGGACAAUAGUUGGGAUUGAAAUAGUCCUUUGAAACAGUUUAAGAACAACCCACCCACUCCAGUAUUUUAAAGUGUGGGAUGGAUGGAUGCAUGACCCUGCCUAUGGGCCAAAGAGAUUAUGUUUUUAAUCCAUGGAGAGACCUCGUUUGGGCCUGACCAGGCCCUCUGUGUUUGUUUAGUCAUUAUUUAUUAAAUGCUGUCCCUUUAAGAGGGAUUUAUUUAAACUGGACACUAAGGGGUAUGUGCUCUGCUCAAAGGUACAGCAACUCCUGUUUUGCUCAAAACAAAAUGGGAUCUAUUGGGCAAGGGAUCUUGAGGCCAGGACUUCUAGCUUCUGUGCCCAGGGAGAAAGGUGGAUUAACUGCACUAUAGGUAGAUACCAGGAAUCCUGGGUUCUCUCUAAGACCUAGUGGGGACAUAGAUUUAGGAGCAAAAUCCAUUGUCCAGUCCGAAAACAAUGCAUGAGAGACUUGCAUAUUGUUUCCACCCUGGUACAGAGGGUGUCGGGCCAGAAAGAACCAGAAUAGGGAUAGAUACAGAUGGUGGGCUCCAGUUGCUUAUAUGUACCCUAACAAACAUGUGCGUAUCUAAGUCUAUGUUAGCAAGGGCCAAAAGCCAGGUUUCCUGGGCCCUGAUUCCUGCUAGAAGGAAAAUGUAGUAAGCACUUUGAAAAAGGGGAAAUCUAAGUAUUAUGGCUGGGAAGAAAAUAACAGAAUGCCUUUCUUACACAUAAAAGGGACAGACUCUUGGGCUGAGGGAACUUCUCUGUGGGGACAUAGACUGUGACCUGUAUCCUUUCACCAGCAAUUUAACAGCCCAGAGACUAAUAAUAAUAAUAUUUAUUAGUUAGCUGCCCCACAACAAAUUGUUAUGUGGGCGGCUCACAACACAGCAUUAAAACAUCCAAUAAAAACACAUAAAACACAUCAAAUCACAACAAACACACAAUCAACCAAUUUAAAAACUUCUUGGUUUUUUUUUUUUUAAAUCAAUUUUAAAAAGCCUGAGUGCACAGAAAGGUCUUCACCUGGUGUCUAAAAGAACAAAGUGAUGGUGCCAGGCGAACCUCACUGGAGAGGCUGUUCCAUAAACGGGGUGCAACCACCAAAAAGUCCCUCUCCCUAGUAGCCACCUGCCUCACCUCGUUUGGCAGGGGCACUCAGAGCAGGCCCUCUGAAGAUCUUAAGGUCCGAAUCAGGGCAUAAGGGGCAAGGCACUCUCUCAGGUAACCCAAGCUGGCUGUUGUAAUCUAGUUCCCAGCUCUUUAUCAGGUGGUUUGCUUCUGGACAGGACUAGCACCACCCAAGAAGAAUAGCAGGCGGCAUUCUUCCUCUCCCCUCAGACCAGUGGUACCAGGGCCUCUUUUUAUCUAGGGGAUGCAGCAGAUGCACCACGUUCAGGCCCCCAUUUGAUUCUCCUUACACUUCAUGAAGUGUUGAAUAAAAGACCCUUGUCAGAUCUCUGCUCUUUGGGAGAAUGAGGUGCCAGAAGCAUGCCCUGGCCUCGAAAUAAGGAUCUGGACAAUGUCCUAAUGAGAAGGGAGCACUCUUUAUUUUGCACACAGCCCCCCCCCCCCAAGUUAGAAGGUCUGAGUGGCUCCAGUGGCUGUCCAUGGCAGCAGAGUAUUGCACCCCCGUCAUGUGAAUAUCAGCUGCUCAGUAGUUCUUUAGAUCAGACUCCAUGGUAGGAAAGCAAAGGCUGGGCUGGAUUCUGAAUAUUUUACUUGGUGAGUCUCUGUUAUCAAAUCCAAGCCUCGAUGGGCUCCAACAUCAAUAAUGCCAGUGCCUCAAAUGUCUCGGACAAAAGACAAUGCCACAGCCUGAUGAACAAGACUCAGAGGACAAAUAGAUUAUUCCCCUUCUUCACCCCUACCCCCACCUGCUCUGUAUACAAUUGAUCUUGAUAAUGUGUUACAGCUUCAAGGCACUGGGAAUCAAAAUAUGGGAAGGGAGGGUCUAGUGCAGGGGUUCUCAAACUUGGGUCCCCAGAUGUUGGUGGACUUCAACUCCCAUAACCCCCAACCACAAUGGCAUUUGGCCAUUAUGGCUGGGGAUUAUGGGAGUUGAAGUCCACCAACAUCUGGGGACCCAAGGUUGAGAACCCCUGGUCUAGUGGACUGGAGGGGAGUAGCCACAACUUCUGGAUUCUGUUUCUAUUGGAGUCUACCAAUCAGAAGGGUGGAGUGAGGUGUCGGGGUGGGGGGAGGUGAAUGUUGGAAAGACAAUCUUCUCGCUUAUUUGUGAAUCCAGCUCUCUGCCUUACAAUGAACAAUCAUGGGAAACUGUGUUAUCUAAGAGAAGGUAUUUGUUUUGAAUGAGCUGCUGCCAUCUUCCUUUAGAUUGGUAAUUCCAGCCAGAUCUUAGGGCUAAAGAAGCCAAACCAGCUCCCCUUUGCCACCAUGCCAUGUCCAGUGGUAGGCACUUUGAAUUUUGUCACAAGGACAAUCUCCAAGCUGGCAGCAGCUCCUCAGGUGAAAUGGGGUGUGUUGAGAAAGAAGCUUAUCUGGUGAUGUUACAAAAUGAAGGCUCCGAAUCCUGCCCCUCAUUGCAAUGAUCUUUGUGUCUGCAGGGGGAUCGGGGCAGGGCCAUCAACUAACACAGGGCUGCACAACAACUGGUGACCUACCAAGCCAAAUACAGCUCACCAGCUGUGUAUUGUGACUGUCCAAGUGCUUGACAAUCCUCUCUGCUUUUGCAGUUCCAGGCAGGCAGCCUGGUAGGCAGCAAAAACAAGAGGUUUAUUGUGCGUCUAUUUGUAUGUGCUAAUGGGCUGCAUUUGGAUUAGCAUCUCACAAACAGUUCAGGCCUGACAUAACAGGACAUAUGUGUCAGUAGCUUCCCCUGAGAUGAGGGAACUGAGGUUAAGAGACCUUUUCUAGUUCUUUCACAGUCUUCCCACCCCAUCUCCUGACUUUUCUCUGGAAGCUGCAUUUGACUUUGUGAAUUACUUGCAACCCUGUGACUUCAGUUGGCUCUGGAGUCAGACUGAAAAAACAAAGCCAUUGUCCCACAAGGGGCUAGAGCAGGAGCCGUGGUUCUGUUACCAGAGAUGGGAGGGAUGGAGGCUGGAGCUACAACCCUGAGUGCCACAGCGGUUUAGAAAGGGCACUGGGGCUUAACGGCUUCGGGCUGGAGCAAACAAGGCUCUUAACACAUCGGAAAAGGAGAUGUGUUGGUCAUUGUCCUCAAUAAGAGGUUUCCUAGGCCUGGGUUUCGCUUUUCCAACUGAGUUCGCUCCCAAGCAGGGCACCUGCACAGCCACUGAAACCGAAUUGCUCUGUACAUAAUGAACCGUGAGUCUCUUUGUGAGCUGUUCUCUAAAUACAUCACUUCCUCAUCCUACUGUUUCUGUUCCACAUUGCCCCCCUCAUACCCUCACCAUUAUCUUUGUGGGAAGCGCCAAGGAGCGCCUUUGUUUUUAAGAGUUUGGUUAUUUUUCUACUGGCCAUUGUGAUAAAAAUGCUUAGAAGCCAGACACUUUAAAAAAAAGGAAGAAAAAUGUAAAAAUAUUUACAGUGUAAUAUUAAUAAUUAUAAUAAUAAUAAAAACUUGUUUCCCUACAUUGA